CGUCUCCCACUCUCCCCUCUUUGCUUUCUCCAUUUUUCUUUCCUUCUUUUCUCUUUCUUCUUUCAUCCUUUCUCUCCUUUUCAAAAUCAUCAUUUUUUACCCUCGCCGUCGAAUGCACUGAUGGACGGCACUUCACACUCAAUCACCACCGUCGAAUCUCCGGCGACCUCGUCAUCGACGGGAUUAAUCAUUUCAACCUUCGAAAGUUCUGAUCUACGCAGGUCCACUGAUGAACCAUGCGCCACCACCAUCGGAUUAAAUAACAAUAAUAGUAGUUCCAAUGCAAGAUAUAAACUUAUGUCUCCGGCCAAACUUCCGAUCUCAAGGUCCCCGUCUAUGAGUAUUCCGCCUAUGUUUAGUCCGACGUCGUUUUUGGAGUCUCCUAUCAUGCUCUCUAACCUCAAGGGAGAGCCCUCCCCAACCACAGGUUCCCUUUUCAAGCCUCAAAUGUUGCAGGCCGCUUCUGGUGGGUCAUCUGCCUUUCCUUCUGCUAUAAAUAGCUCUAACCCCUUGGAUGAUACUCAAUCAAGCAGCUUUGAGUUCAAACCCAAUCCAGGAGCAUAUUCUUUUGGAGGCUUUUCUUUCUCAGGAUCUCUGGUUUCUUCUGUAGAUCCGAGCCAACAGCAAGCUGGGCAAGCUACCCAAGUUCAACCUGAAUGCCUGUCUCAGGCAUCUGAUCCAGCCGUGGCAGCUAAAAAUGAAGUUGCACCUGCAAAUGAACAGAACUCAAGUAUGGUUCUUUCUUCCACCAGUGUACCCCCUGAAGUUGACUCCAACGAAUUCAGCCAAAUAGGAGAUUCCAAUAAUGAAGGUCAGACACCACCACUAGAGCAGAAAGGAUUAGGAUCUCAAGUAUCUGAGCGAACAUCAGAUGAUGGCUAUAAUUGGAGAAAAUAUGGACAGAAGCUCGUUAAAGGAAGUGAAUUUCCUCGAAGUUAUUAUAAGUGUACGCAUCCGAACUGUGAAGUCAAAAAAUUGUUUGAGCGAUCACCUGAUGGAACGAUAACUGAAAUUAUUUACAAGGGCACACAUGAUCAUCCGAAACCUCAACCAAACCGUCGACUUCCUGCUGGGUCUAUGAUGUCAGCACUUGAAGAAAAAUCUGACAGAGCGCCUCCCUUUAAUGCACAUGAAGGAAUGCCUGCAAACUCAUACAGCCAAAUAGCCCAUAACAAUGAGUCUAGUGGCACCCCUGAUCUAUCCCCUUGUGGAGCUAAUGACAAUAGUGGGGAACUUGGUGCUUCUCCAUUACAUAGGAUUACCGAUGAUGCUGAGGAUGAUGAUCCAUUUGCAAAGAGGAGGAAAAUGGAAAUGGGAGAAAUGGACAUCAAUUCAGUAGUCAAGCCUAUUCGAGAACCGCGUGUUGUUGUUCAAACAGUGAGUGAGGUGGAUAUUCUUGAUGAUGGAUAUCGCUGGCGCAAGUAUGGGCAGAAGGUAGUGAGAGGAAACCCUAAUCCAAGGAGCUAUUACAAAUGCACUCAUCCUGGCUGUCCAGUUCGUAAACACGUGGAGAGGGCAUCCCAUGAUCCUAAAGCUGUCAUAACCACGUACGAAGGGAAGCACAAUCACGAUGUACCAACUGCUCGGAAUAGCAGCCAUGACACAUCAGCCCCUGCAGCUCCGACCAUGCCAGCAAGGAUGGGUCCACAUGAAGGAAAUGAUGCUGUAAGCCUUAAUCUUGGUGUCGGAAUAAGGACGGCUUCCGGGUUUAUACCUGGUCACCAGCAACAGGUUAUGGCGGGUGAGCAUUUACAGGGCCAACCCCACUUUAACGGCCCCAAUCUUUUGUUGCUUCAACCAAAUCCAAUGUCAAACUUUCCUGGUUAUGUAAAUGGUGGUAUGGUGCUUUAUGGUUCUAGGGAAAACCAUAGUCAAGGACAUAGUAUUGGAAAUCAGCCUGUAAAUCAUUCUUCUACUAACUCAUAUCAGCAGAACAUGGGAAGAAUACUCAUGGGUCCCUAAACCAGAGGAGACCAAAAAUAUGACUUUCUUUUUUAUUGUUUCCAUUUAUAUGUUUUUAUUUAUCUCUUUAUUUAAAUAGAAUGGCUAGAUUUCAAAUUUUAGUUAUCAAGUUCUCUUAGCUUGUUAGCUGUUCUGAUGGUCUUUUGUAUUUCAGCUACAUAUUCACCCAGAAAGACGGUAAUUCUAGUCGGCCAAGGCAAACCGAGCCUGAGAGCUUGUGUACAGUUCUAAGCAUUGUAAACAAGCGUAAAGAGUGUAUUUGCUUGAAAUGAAAAAUAGUCCUUUUUGGAAGCUAUUGUUGAGGUAGUGAUUUGCAGUUUGCAACGCUUAAGAUAUCUAAGCUCUUUAUUUUGU